CUUCCUCUAAUUUUAGAGAAUUGGGCCAAAAUUCGGAAACAGUUUUUUCUUCGGACAACCUUUGACCGUUGAAAAACCUCGCCAAAACCAGUCCCAAAUCUUCGAGUUGGUGGAAGCGCCUCAUAACUCAUCUGCCUAUAUAUAUAUAAUUUUUCACAUGUGUUCCACCAACUGUCAGUGUUUCAGUGUUCGUCGUGCGUAAAUCCAACUUUGAGAUGACAAGAGCCAAUCGCUGGUUGUGCUUCGUUUUCGGCAUAUGUGCCAUCGACGCCGCCUAUCCCCUGAAGCCCGACUUGGCCAUUGUGUACCAAUGGUCCCAGCUCGAAUUCGAUUAUCCGUCCAUUGAGGAUCGUCAAGCUGACAUCGAUGCGGGAAAUUUCAUCCCGGGAAAACCGGCGCCCAUCGACGUGGACGUCCAUUAUUCAUAUAGCCCACAUAAGAAAAGCCGCGUUUUUGUGGCAAUCCCGCGCUUCCAGGAUGGGGUACCUAUAGCGCUGGGUGUCGUAACUGAUAAGAAAUUUAACAGUAGUAAUGUUAUCACGCCGUACCCAUCAUGGGACUGGCAUAAAACGCCAUCAAAGUGCAAUGAGAAUAGGAUUGUGUCGGUUUACCGGGUUUCGAUCGACGAAUGCCAGAGAUUAUGGGUCUUGGACACCGGCCGUCUAAAGGAGACCCAAGUGUGCCCACCUCAAAUUCUGGCCUUUGAUCUCCAAACAGACCAACUGAUCCACAGAUUUCAGCUUCCAAAAGGAAUUGUUGAACCAAGAUCAAUUUUGGUGACUCCUGUAGUUGACGUUAGGGACGCUCAUGCUAAGUGUAAAGACACUUUUAUCUACAUUGCCGAUUGCCAGACUUAUUCCAUCAUAGUUUAUGACGUCCAAAAGGGCGUUAUUUGGAAGGCCACAGACAAAACCAUGUACCCAUACCCCAAUUAUGGCACCUUCGACAUUUUAGGUGAUAGUUUUGACUUGAUGGACGGCGUCCUGGGCAUGUCCCUAUCGCCCUAUAAACCAGGCCAGGACCGUAUUUUGUACUACCAUGCCAUGUCAAGCCCCACCGAAAAUUGGGUCUUGACCUCCGACCUCCGCAACCGCUCCAGAUUCAUCCACGAUUCGCAAUCAUCGCCGGAAAUCUUCCAUACAUACCACGGCAAAAGACACACCCAGUCCGCUGCAGAAGCCAUCGACAAAGACGGCAUCAUGUACUUCGGUCUAAUGAGCGACGUCACACUCAACUGCUGGAACACUCACACUGAAUACGGCCCGAAAACCAUUGACAUUAUCGCGAAAAACUUGCAAACUCUGCAGUUUGCCAGUGGUGUUAAAGUGAUUACCAAUAGCAAGGCCGGGCAAGAGUUGUGGGUUUUGACGUCGCGGUUCCAGAAAGUUGCCACGGAUUCGUUAUCAACGUCCGAUGUUAAUUUCAGGAUUCUGGCAGGGAGGACUGAAGACAUGGUCGCUGGGACGGCGUGCAGGGGCGGAAUACCACCAGGACCACCUGGGGGUGGCUAUGGCUUGGUGAAGCCGCCAUUCGUGCCCGAAGCUCACCACAAGAAGCCCCAUUUGGGUUUUUAAAGCUUUAUUAUUUAUUGUAUUAGUUAGAGAUGUUUGAACUUUGAAUAGAUUGUUUGCAGUUAUGAAAUAAAUAAUACCAAGUUU